AUGACCUCUACUUCCACCUCGCUUCUCCCUCGCACAUCGCGACCACCGCCGAAUGGGCCUUUGCCCGCGCUUCCCGUUCCCAAAACCCGCCGCAUGUCUACCGAUAGCAGCCUCGACGUUGGCGUCGGUUCGCGCCGAAGUUCGACCCCUUCGCAGCUCCCGACUACGACUCCCAAGAAGAGCGCGCUCCCGAACAGAUCGGUCACUCCUUCUGGAUUGCCUACGCCUCGGCCUUACAAGGCCAAUUCCACGCCGUCGAUUCCUACAAUCAGCAGCAAUCCGCCCGACGUACCAUCAAUCACUACCUCGAUACCCAAGACGAUUCGCAAGACUCCUAGCAUAGGCACUUUCCCUCUACCCCCAAAGGGUAGCAACUCUCGUGUGACCAGUCUUCCUCCGAGUCCGCUGUCUGCCUCUACAGCUUCGGAAGGUGCAUCUGCUCAGCUGCCGGCUGUCAAGAAUAAAAGGGACACAUCAAAGCACAGGAGCGCGGAAAGUGGCUUGAAGAAACCCAAGUCACGAAGUUCAGGCUAUGGCGUGCGUCCAAGACAGUCCGGCACCAACUUGACCGGAUCGCCUAGUCUGCUGAACGGCACUGGCGACAGCAAUUUGAUCUCGAGCGGUGGCAAUGGCCGAAUGACGGACAGUCUGCUCAGUCUGCCCUCUCCGCCGCGAAGUCGAAGCUCAUCUGCACAUGGCUCGCAUUUGGAUGGUGGAGACGACAGAGGUCGAUCAAGGCACAACGACGCUUCUGCGGAUGCUACGGAAGACGUGGAUGAUAAGGACAUCAAAGGCAAUGUUCUGGUCAGCGUUCGGGUGCGUCCAGAUGCUGGUAAUGAAGAGGUCGCGCCGGAAGGCGAAUGGAUGGUGGAUGGGCGGCGCUCUCUGAUUUCCUACAGAGGGAGAGAAGGCGGCGACUAUCGAUAUGAUAAUGUGUUCUCACCCCACGAUCAAAACGCUAGGGUUUACGACAACGCCGCCAAACGACUCGUGCGGCGAGUCAUGGAGGGUUAUCACGGGACAGUCUUCGCCUAUGGCAUGACCGGAACUGGAAAGACGUUCUCCAUGCAAGGCACUGCUAACUCACCUGGUGUGAUCCCGCUUGCCAUUACCGACAUUUUCUCCUACAUUCGCGAGAAUCCCAGUCGCGAAUUUCUCCUACGUGUCAGCUAUCUGGAAAUAUACAACGAGAAAAUCUACGAUCUGCUAAACCAGUCUACCCCUGGCGCACAACAAGAAGAGAUCAAGCUGCGUGAAGACAGCAAACGUGGAGUGUACGCCACUCCUCUGAAGGAGGAGAUCGUGCAAUCUCCGAAUCAACUUCUGCGAGUCAUUGCACGUGGCGAUCUCGCACGAAGGACUGGCAGCACGCAGUUCAAUGCCCGGUCUUCUCGUUCACACGCCGUCGUGCAAAUCGUCGUGGAAUCAAGAGCCCGCGCUCAAGACCAUGGCGCCCUCGCUGACAAAGAGUCUCGAAGGGCGGAUCGGAUCAUGCCUGGUGGUGUCCUGGUAUCCACGCUAUCGCUUAUUGAUCUCGCUGGAUCUGAAAAGGCCGCCGACAACAAGGAGAGGCGCACGGAGGGCUCGCACAUCAACAAGUCACUCCUGACCCUGGGUACUGUCAUCGGAAGGCUGUCGCAUGAUGAUGAAAAGGACGAGAAAGACGGGGCGAAGAGCUCUGAGAAGGGCUUGAAGCACUUGCCAUAUCGAGACAGUAAACUCACACGCUUGCUGCAGCCUGCGCUAUCCGGGAACUCCCUGGUGUCGAUUUUGUGUACUAUUCAGCUCUCGUCGUCGGGCACCAGCGCAGCGCAAACAAGCUCUCACACAGGUGAAACGAUUAACACAUUGAAGUUUGCGAGUCGAGCGAAGAACAACAUCGUCAGCCAUGCGAAGAAGAAYGAGUCUAGCUCUAACAGUGGCGACCCGGGGAGUAGAGCGCUGCUUGACCGAUAUCGUAUUGAAAUCCAGGAGCUCCGAACACAGCUGGAACAGCAGAACAAAGGCAAGGAGGACGCAGAGGAACUUGACGAGAUUGAACAGGAUCGGAAGAUGGAGGCAGAGUUGGAGCGCCAGGAGCACACCAGGCAUGAGGAGCAGAUGCUGGAGAUGCAGCUUGCCCGAACAGCUCUGAAGGAGCGUAUUAGCCACCUGAACCGCCUCAUUCUGUCGUCAAAAUCGCUGGGAGUCAACUCCGGACGAUUCUCGAGUGCAAGUUUGCCAUUCGAUCCCCGGACAAGCACAUACAGCAAUGUACAAUCCGAAUAUGGCCGACCGGUCAGUAUAAGGAGCAGAGACAGCUCGCGUAGCUUGAAUCGCGAUAGUACAGCGACCGUCGAGGUUCCGCUUCCACGCGAUAAUCUUAAUAGGACCAUGUCCGGUGCCUCUCUCACGGUGGGCACCCUUCCGCCCGCACAUGCCUUACGCAUAACAACCGACGACAGUCCGCCAGCAGACGAGGAUGAGGACGGUGAAGACUCUGGCGGUGUCGACGGCGAUGGAACUGCGAGUAUGAUACAACAGAACCGUAUGCUCCAAGCAGAUCUCGCCGACAAAAACAGAUAUAUCGCGACGCUAGAGAAGCGACUAUUGCAGGCCCGGAGAACUAGUCACAGCCGUGUCAGCAUGCACUUCGCCACCCGCGUUGGCGCCCCGGAGGAUAAAAGUUUGGAACUCCUUCUGCAUGAUAAGGAUCGCGAGUUGGACGAGUUGAGAGCAAAACUGGAUGAUCAGGUCCGCAUGGUCACGGCCCUUCGAAGUGCCGCAAGAAAGCGCGACAUGUUCRAUGAUAGGAAGAGCAAUGUGACCUCGGCGAGUGAAGACACCACGCGACCGAAUACAUCUAGCGCUGCGGACAGCGUCCCCGACCUGAACAGUGCUUCUUUCCGGAACAGCAAUCGGUCGUCCGCAAGACGGAGUACAUCUCGCCAGAGCAGCUCUCGCUCAGUGACUGUCGGUGGCCACCGAAGCACUCCUUCCAAUGCCACAAAUGCCAGUCGGUCCAGCUCUUCCGGCAUGGCGAACUUUUCGAAAACACCCCUGAGUCCAGUGGCUCUCCUCUCAUCGGGACAUUCGUCCAUUAAUUCCCACGACGGCGAGCGUAUGGCCAAAGAAGUAACCGUAACCAGAAGCGGAAUACGCCGCAAGAGUGUCGAUGAAAUGACUCAAUUGUUGGACCAGAUGAUCCAGGACAAAGUCGAGAGUGGCAGUCUGUUGAGAGGCGAGAGGGGAAGCCUGAGAGUAAGACACGACACAAUCCUUCUGCAGCAGAUUGCGGACGUCGUGGCCGUCAAUGCUGGUGCCGAGAAAGACACUGAAGAGGCCACUACGACACCUGCUCGCCCUUGA